UUGAGGAUCAAUCACAGUCUCAGACUUGAGCCGCUGCGGUGCUAACGUGCUAACAGGCUAACAGGCUAAAAGAUUCAACCGUGAAAACGCGAAGAAGAAACAACGGAAACGGAAGAAAAAGUUCGUGAGUGAGUGAAGAGCAGCCGCACUGCCUGAUGGGAAGCAGAGCAGACAUCUCUUCACUUCUCAAACAGUUCGGCUGCAGCUGCUAAAUGUUAGCGGCUAACGUGUUAGCAGUGAGGAAAGUUUGAGGAAGUGCGACCUGUUCAGGAUGAGUGACCCCGAGCUGCAGGGGGCGGCAGAGUUCAUCAGAGAGCGUCUGUACUUUGCCACAUUACGCAGUAAACCCAAGAGCACGACCAACACACACUACUUCUGCACAGACGAAGAGUUUGUCUACGAGAAUUUCUAUGCAGACUUCGGUCCUCUCAACUUGUCCAUGUUGUUCAGAUACUGCUGCAAACUCAACAAGAAGCUGAAGUCCUUCACUCUGACCAGGAAACGUAUCGUUCACUACACCAGCUUCAACCAGAGGAAGAGAUCCAAUGCUGCUGUUCUGAUUGGAGGAUAUGCUGUGAUUUACCUGAAGAAAACUCCAGAAGAAGCGUACCGAGCUCUGAUCUCUGGAUCUAACGCCUCAUACCUGCCCUUCAGGGAUGCAUCUUUUGGAAACUGCAGCUACAGUCUCACUCUGCUCGACUGUCUUCAGGGCAUCAGGAAGGCUCUGCAGCACGGCUUCUUUGACUUCGAGGCCUUUGAUGUGGACGAGUAUGAACAUUACGAGCGGGUGGAAAACGGCGACCUGAACUGGAUCGUCCCUGGGAAGUUUGUGGCGUUCAGCGGACCUCACCCGAAAACUAAAGUGGAGAACGGUUACCCUCUCCAUGCCCCCGAGGCGUACUUCCCCUACUUCAGAAAACACAACGUCACCACCAUCAUCCGUCUCAACAAGAAGAUCUACGAUUCCAAACGUUUCACCGACGCCGGGUUCGACCACUAUGACCUCUUCUUCAUAGACGGCAGCACGCCGAGCGACACCAUCACACGCCGCUUCCUUCACAUCUGUGAGAGCACAGACGGAGCCGUGGCCGUCCACUGCAAAG